AGAAGCAAUAAUAUUUUAUACCCACUUGCAUAAAUAUAACAAAAACGUCGAAACACCAUCACGCAAUUGUGAAAAUAAUAAAUCUCAACAUUUAGGAAAGCAGCAGGAAAUUUGAAAGCACUCGAGCCACGUCCACCAAUUUGGAAAGAGCCUUGGGCUUACGCAGCUAUAAUUUAAAGGCGUCAAGAUGUCUGGACCAGAGACACAAGUGUCGAGUCUGCCGAUGCCGCCAGAGCGGUACAUUAGCAAUUACACAGAUGAGAAUAUAAGGAGAAACCGUGCGCCUCGCCCACCACCGCCUCCAUCGCAACAUGAGGUGUACAGCAUGUUCGGCAUUCAAUAUAACAACGAUGAGAUGAUACGCUCCCUGGAGUCGCAGAACAUAAAACGUCUCAUACCCAUACACUUCGAUCGACGAAAGGAACUGAAAAAGUUAAACCAUUCGCUGCUAGUCAACUUUUUGGAUCUCAUUGAUUUUCUAAUAUUGAACCCCGACAGUCCUAGACGCACAGAAAAGAUUGAUGACCUCAGCCUGCUUUUUGUCAAUAUGCAUCAUCUGCUCAACGAAUUCAGACCGCAUCAAGCGCGGGAAACAUUGCGCGUCAUGAUGGAAAUGCAGAAACGGCAACGAGUCGAAACAGCCACUCGCUUUCAAAAACAUCUCGAGCGAGUACGAGAUAUAGUAAAUAAUGCGUUCGCGGCACUUCCCACACUGGCCGACGAAGAAGAUGGCACGGCCAAGGUCAAAACAGAAGCGGAUCCCCUGGAAUCGAAUGCGGCGGCGAAAAACGAUCCAAGCUACCAACAGGAUCGCAUGAUGUGUAAGCUUGUAGAUGCCAUUGAAUGAUGAAAGCCUUACUUUAGGUUUCUACAAAUAAUGUGAAUGUUAAAAAAUGAAAAUCCGUGAGAAUAAUAUAAUUUUAUGAACAGCAUAA